UUGAAAGAUGCAGCAUUACUCUUUCAGGCAAGACAUCUUUAUAUUUGUGACUUCCACAAAAACUUAAUUCAGAGUGUGAGAAAUAGAAGGAAGAGGAAAGGCAGUGAUGAUGAUGGUGACUCACCGGUGCAAGACAUCGACACUCCAGAGGUCGAUUUAUAUCAGUUACAAGUAAACACACUUCGAAGGUACAAAAGACACUUCAAACUACAGACCAGACCAGGACUUAACAAAGCACAGCUUGUUGAAAUAAUUGGCUGCCAUUUUAGGACAAUUCCAGUGAAUGAAAAGGACACCUUAACGUAUUUCAUCUACUCGGUGAAGAAUGACAAGAACAAACCAGAUCUAAAGAUGGAUAGUGGGGUUCAUUAGACAGAGAAGGUUGGGACUGAGACUCAGGCUCCAGAUCAAAAGACUGAGGGUUUUUGUUGAUAUACAAAAGCUUUCUUUGUAACUUUUCUCCCAGAGAACUUGUUGCUUUUAUUUUUCAUAAUCUUGAUGAUUUAUUUGAAAACCACCUCUCUGAAACAAAUUUCCUCAGCAAAAGUAUUUUAAAUAAAUAUCACUGAUAUUGUUGCUCAA